CAGAGCGCCCACAGCACUGGAGCUGCUCCUCCUGCUCCACCUUAUCUGAGCCGGGCAGGCCGCGCUCACACAGCACAGAUAGCAGCAUCAGGACAGGCGCUGUGUGGGGAACCAGCCCUGACCACACCACACCACACCACAGCACACCAGGCGGCCGCUGCUCAGGCCCCCACCGCUGGGCUGGACGCGGGGGCCAUCGGCCCUGUGAUCUGUUAUCGCUCCGGCGCAGGGACACCACCGGCUCCGUGAGCAGACCGGGCCGGCGCACUGACCUUGGGAAGUUCUCUUCAACGGAAAUGACCGGGAACUUCACUAGUUCAAUGGUAGUUUUCUUCCAGUAGAUGAUUUGAGUUAACAUCACUUGGAGACAUUACAGGCACUGUUCAGAACAUGCGGAUAUGUGGAAUCUUACUGUGCUCCCAAUGGACAGGAGAUGGGAAAGUUGUCCACCCCAGUGAGUCCUGCACAGAGGAUCUGGAGAGUGCAGAGCCCUGAUGGCGGUGUGAGUCGCUGGCCGUGUUCUGAGCAAUGGAGAGUGCAGGGGCCGGUCCCAUAAUGGCUAAAGCGUGGUCUGGCCCAGCGCAGAGUCCCGUGACCUACCCGCCCGCGCUCAACGCCACCGCCAGCCUGUGGCCGCCCACGCGCCUCACGCCCCCCAGCAUGGAGGUGGUGACCACGUCGCAGUCGCAGAUCAAGGACCUGCUGGGGCUCUUCUGCAUGGUCACGCUCAACCUGGCCGCGCUGCUGGGCAACACGGGCGUCAUGGUGGCCAUCGCCCGCGCGCCGCACAUGAAGAAGUUUGCCUUCGUGUGCCACCUGUGCGCCGUGGACCUGCUGUGCGCCGUGCUGCUCAUGCCCCUGGGCAUCAUCUCCAGCUCGCCCUACUUCGGCACGGUGUCCUUCACGGUGCUGGAGUGCCAGGUGUACAUCUUCCUCAACGUCUUCCUCAUCUGCGCGUCCAUCCUGACCGUCACAGCCAUCAGCGUGGAGCGCUACUACUACAUCGUCCACCCCAUGCGCUACGAGGUCAAGAUGACCCUCCACCUGGCCGUGGGCGUCAUGGUGUUCAUCUGGGUCAAGUCCAUCCUGCUGGCCCUGGUGACGCUGUUCGGCUGGCCGGCGUACGGCCACCAGAGCUCCAUCGCCGCCGCCCACUGCUCGCUGCACUGGAGCCACAGCCGCCUGCGCAAGGUGUUCGCCGUGCUCUUCAGCGUGCUCUGCUUCCUGCUGCCCGCCGCGGUCAUCUUCGCCGUCUACUGCAACGUCUACAAGGUGGCGCGGCUGGCCUCGCGCCAGCAGAGGGCGCCCGUGCCCGCGUGGGCCGCCAGCGCCCCGGCGGUCAAGCGGCGCUCGGACUCCAUCAACAGCCAGACCACCAUCAUCACCACCACGCGCAACCUGCCGCAGCGGCUGUCCCCGGAGCGCGUCUUCGGCGGGGGCAAGGCGGCGCUCACCCUGGCGGUCAUCGUGGGCCAGUUCCUGGUCUGCUGGCUGCCGUACUUCGCCUUCCACCUGCACCUGUCGCUCACCGCCCCCGUGCAGAGCCCCGGCGACAUCGAGGAGGUGGUCACCUGGCUGGCGUACUCCUCGUUCGCCGUCCACCCGUUCUUCUACGGCAUGCUGAACCGGCAGAUCCGCGAGCAGCUGGUGCGCCUGCGGCGCUGCUGUAGCGGCCGGCCCGCCGAGCUGAGCGCGUCCAGCCACGAGGGCUCGCUCCAGGAGAACUUCCUCCAGUUCCUGCAGCGCACCAACACGCCGGCCGAGACGCGCUCCAGCUGCGUCCACUCCAGCCCCAGGAACACGCUGGACCAGGAGGUCAGGAUCCCUGGACAGAUCCCAGAGGAGUACAGCUGACCGCUCUGCCCCAACCCCCACCAAACCCCAUGUGGGCUUUUUUAACGUCACCGAAUGCCCCAGUGCCACAUCCACUUUGUUGGAGUUACUGUAUGUCUGGACACUCAAUCAUGGGCCACACAGGAUAUCACAGAGUGGGCUUCAUGUCAACACAGGGAACUUCCUGUAUCGGACUCCAUGUCAAUUGUGUUGGGAGCAUGUUAGGGAGCGCUUUACAAAGCAGUUCCAGCAGCACCUCAAACUGUAAAAUUUCUCUUGUUCCCAGAGAUGGGCUGUCCUGGACAGAAGACAGUUGGACCAUUUGUGGGUUUUUUUGCAUAUUGUCAUAACCUUUUUAAAGCAUUAAUAUAGUCACAGGAGCGGCUUACAGACCAAACUGUCAGCUAAGAUGAAAGUCCCCUGUAGUAACAUUGUUAUUCAUCCAUAACAACUAUCAGAUCUCAAUGUGUUAAUCUAUGAACACAGUUUCUGCAGCUAUUCCAGCGCUGAAGUUAAGCGCUUGAGUCAUCUAAACUAUUACCACCUCAGUGUUCACUACUAACCAAAUACUGUACGCUUGAAGUGAAGCUGUUUCUCAUGGAACAUUAAAAAUGUCUCUCUUCAGAUGUCUUCAUUGCAAUCAACUUAAACAAAUAUAAUGAACCUGCUCCCUCAAACAUGUUCAAUAUGUAUUGUAUUUAU